AUGAAUCCAAUUUGUAAAUUUUGCGUACAUGGAUCUUGUGGAUCUAGUAAGAAAUGUGUCAAUAGACAUGAAAAGCUGUCAUUGAAACCUAGUGAAACCUUAGAAAAACUGGAUGAUGAUUUUCCUGUACUUGGUUUUGGAGCUGCAGAUUUAAAAGCUCUAAGAAAUGAGAUAGCCGAACUAAAUGAAAACAUUGUUACACUCGAAACAGUACAAAGUACGAUAGAAGAACAGUUAAAAGAGGAAAUACAUAAAAAUAUUCAGCUUAAUGAAGACUUCAAAAUUGCGCUGUUGGAUGAUGACGAUCACCAGUGCUGUAUUUGUCGUGAAUUAUUCAUAAGGCCAUCCUUGCUUGGUUGCUCACACAUGUUUUGUGAAUGGUGCAUUGACAAAUGGUUAGAGAAAUAUAAUCACUGUCCAACAUGUCGGGUUGCGAUAGUCAGUUAUACACACUGUUUAAAUAUGGACAACUACAUCCAAAAAAAGAUGGAAAAGAUGCCAGCUAAUAUUAGAUUGAAGUUCAAGGAGUUGGAACUAGUCCGAGCUAAGGAUAAACAAACAAGUAUACAACUUCAAGCUGAGCGUAGGCGACUUGAGUUUAUAACAAUGACAUUAAAUGAACGUCGUCGUCCAAGCUAA